AUGGAAGUGCUGGAGUGUCCGCUGCUGUCGGUGAAUGUGCGCGUUUGGCGCUUCUGGUCGUUCGUCCUGGUGCACAACUGGCGCCGGUACGUCAGCAUCAUUCCCGUGACCGUGCUGAACGUGUUCAUGUUCGCCGAUCUGUACCGGGCGUGGGGCAACAUCGAGGAGGUCAUCAUCAACGCCUACUUUGCGGUGCUCUACUUCAACGCCGUGCUACGCACCCUGAUCCUCGUGUACCAGCGGCAGAAGUAUGAAGUGUUUCUGGCGAGCGCGGCCAACGUGUACCAGGAAAUACGCGUAAGUGAUGAUGACGUGAUCGGGAAGCUGGUCGAGGAUUAUACCCGUCGCGCCCGGAUCCUGUCCAUCUCGAACCUCGCCCUCGGUGCUUUUAUCAGUGGAUGCUUCGUGGUUUAUCCGUUGUUUACCGGGCAGCGUAGUCUACCGUACGGGAUGUUUAUCCCGGGGGUGAGCAACUUCGAAUCGCCGCAGUACGAGAUUUUCUACAUCAUGCAGCUGGUGCUGACUUUCCCGGGUUGCUGCAUGUACAUUCCGUACACGAGUUUCUUCGCCACGAGCACGUUGUUUGGGUUGGUGCAGAUCAAAACACUGCAGCAUCAGCUGCGUAUGUUCCGGAGCACCGGGAGCAACCUUGGCCGCCGGACGCCGACCCUCGAUCGGCAGCUCACGAAAUUCAUCGAAGAUCAUAAGCGAAUCAUACGCUACGUCCAAGAUCUGAACGGUCUGGUGACCUACAUCUGUCUGAUCGAGUUUCUGUCCUUUGGGUUGAUGCUGUGUGCGCUACUGUUUCUGCUGAACAUCAUUUCCGUGAUGGCACAGAUAGUGAUUGUCGGCGCGUACAUCUUCAUGAUACUGACGCAGAUAUUUGCCUUCUACUGGCACUCGAAUGAGGUGCGCGAGGAGAGCAUGGCUAUCGCCACCGCCGCCUACAGUGGCCCGUGGCUCGAGGUGGACAAUUCGAUCAAAAAGAAGCUUCUCCUCAUCACCAUGCGUGCCCAACGGCCAUUGGAGCUUACCGUGGGUAACGUUUAUCCGAUGACGCUGGAGAUGUUUCAAUCGCUGCUGAACGCAUCCUACUCCUACUUUACGCUUCUCCGGAGAGUUUAUAACUAA